AUGGUCAAAGCCGGAGACUCCAUCCCAAACGUCGAGCUCGUCGAGGGCGCUCCCGACAAGAAGGUCAACAUCGCUAAUGAGCUCUCUUCCGGAAAGGGUCUCAUCAUUGGCGUUCCUGCUGCCUUCAGCCCUACGUGCACAGCGAGGCACAUUCCCGAGUAUCUGAGCCACAAGAGCCUCAAAGAUGCCGGCAAGGUCUUUGUCGUUGCCGUCAAUGACCCAUUCGUCAUGAAAGCAUGGGCAGAGUCAUUGGACCCAAGUGCAAAGUCUGGCAUCCGCUUUUUGGGAGACCCUCACUCUGAACUUACCAAGGCCUGGGACCUGGAAUUCGACUCCGCUAAGGUCUUUGGCCAGAACAGAGGCAAGCGUUGUGCCAUCACCACCGAAAAUGGAAAGGUGAAGUCGGUUCACAUCGAGCCUGACAACACGGGCGUGAGCGAGUCUGCCGCCGAGAAGGUUCUGGCCGCACUCUAA